AAGCCAUGAACGACAACAGCGGUCGGACAACAACCGUCAGACAUCAGUGCUUGUAAGCAUAGUUGAAGGAAGUUCGGGCAUUGAGAAUAAGGACAAGUAGCUGGCUAGCUAGUAGCUACGGGUAGCAAGGUUGGAUCGACUGAGUGCCAGAACUGAAGCAGCAACCUAAUAGAACCUCUCGUGCCAAAGAACAGUUUCUAGUAGGUUUAUCGCAACAAUGACAAGAUCUUUGACUACGUUCAUUGCCGUGCUCUCGUUAUGGGUAGGCUCUGUCUCUUCAUUCUCGUCAUUGGCAACGACAAAGUGCAGGGCAACAACAAUGACACCGAGUACCACUCGACUCUUCAAUCUGGAAGAGCCUGAGAAUAGUCCCUUUACAAUGCGAGACAAGUACAAAGAUUCGUUUUCGGAACGAAAUCGGGUCAACUACCGCACUACCUUUACCCACGACGAUUGGGUCGAGUUUCGCAAACCAGGCAGGAACGUUCUAGGAGAUGAUGUCUUUGGGGAGCCAUUCAGUGUCAUGAUGAUUACGGGACUUGGUGGGAUCAUGUUGAUUGUCUUGCUCAUUCUCACUCUGGCGGCAAAGUAAUAGUAAACACACAGAAGUAUGCCAGGAUCAGCGCUGGAACCAAGGCAAACAACGCUCUACCAAGUCAUGUCUAGCUAGUACAAUCAUUGCGUGAGGCGAAACGCACGAUAUAAUGGCAAGGAGACCCUGGGAGUGUAACAACGUGCGCAAAAGUACAUUGCCAAUGGGUCAGCACGGAGUCCAUUCCCGCACAUACCGGUAGUCCACUCUAACCAUGCGCACAGUAACCCGAUCUCGUUUCACAAUACAUAAUCACAGUACAAAUUUCCU